AUGAGCUUGGACGAUGUCGUCUUUCUUCCAGAAAACGACACUACGCGAGUUUCUGUUGGUACCCGCGAGUCGACGUACCGGCCAUUUGUUGUCCAAGACCUGAAGGCAGAGAGCCACCCCUCCCAGUCACAACCCCCGAAGGGCCCCAGGCCGGUGAACCUCACAGUUCUUUCCCUCGGUGCGUUGCUGAUACAACUAAUCAUCGGCAAGGUCAUUGGGUCAUUAGACAUGUCCGGCAACAUGGACAUGGCGUCCAUCUUGGAGAAAUGCGAGGCCGCCAACCGACACAACGGAGAGGUCCUCACGAAGGGCGGGAUGAACUACGCUGCGGCCGUCAAAUGGUGCCUUGAUACUGGGCUGAACGUGGCCGGAUUAGAAGAUGAUAGCUUCUGCCAGAACUUUUAUGAAACGGUCGUUGCAAAGCUGGAAGACGAUGUAAAGUACCUGACAGCCGAUGGCUGA